AUGUUCCGUGACGCGGCGCCGCAACGACCACGGCAAACGGUUGACUCGGUGACGCUGCCCCCGAUCGUUUAUUCUCACGAUGCCGAUCGAGCACGGUGACUAUGUUCCUCAGCUCCCGCAGCCAUCUCCUCCUCUGCUCUCCACUUCACCUAGCUAGAGGCUACCAACCCGCAAUCAAUGUCUCCUGGAUCAUCAAUAGGUGUACCGUCACAGGUGACCAAUCUGAAAGACCCUGUACCUCUGCACGAGAUAGACCGGGCAAAGCGCGCAAUCAUUCGAGACUUGCACAAACAGCACGUAGCAUUCACCAAAAUAGCUGUAUCCUUUGGCUGCGCAAGAGCAACUGUGGCAGACAUCUGCAAAAAUGUGACCAAGGACAACGUGAGCGAAGACGUGCGCUAUCUCAAUUCGCCUCCUGCAAAGGCGGAGUCGCAUAGCAGAAAUCAAAAGGCCAAAACGGGAGCUGAGGAAGAUGAUCAUGACGAUGCUUCAGGACACGAAACUUCAAGCGAUUCUGCGCCUAACGAUGAUUCAGAGUAUGAAUAUGAGUCUUCUGAACCAGAUUCCGACUCGGAGUACGAGGAGAUGACCGGCGAGAGGAGGGUGUCGGCGAGACUUCGGCGUGAGCCAGCACCAUAUAUACGGACAUCGCUAUCACCCGAUGUUGUCCUCCGUCAUCCCCGCAAGCACAAGAAACAAUCGAGAGCAAGGCAGAAUGAAGGCUCUGACUCGGAUGCUUCAGAUGUUGCGGCCUCACAACCCGCGGGUGCAUCUAUGUCUCGGGCUUCACCGAGAAACAUGAACGUGCACGGGACGGCGACCAAAUCCAACGGGCGGGCCCCCGGAGCGCGGACCGACUCAGCAACAGCUACAGUCAAAGCUCCCAUGCUCCUUCCGAGGACAGUGCAACUCAAACGACCCCAACCCACAAGUUCGGCUUCCCGAUCUUCGCAUGGGCAGGCCCUUAUCAGGGAACCACGGGGCCGUCCGAGUCGGGACGUACAACACCCUUCUCAGCCCUCUGCGGAAGUAUCCAGCGUAUCACCAUGCAUUCCGCAUUUGGUUCGGCCAGCUCCUUCCUCUACUACCAAGUCAUUCAGUAGCCAGCCACCGUCUCCAGAUUCCGGUGGCCGCGAUACUCGAGUAUCUCCAGCUAAACGAAAAAACGAGGCCAGUGGUACUGUCAAACAUGACACGCGCAAACUGGACAUCGACGACAUGCAACCGCCCGAAUCAAAGCGCAGCAAACUCCUGAGGUCAGACAGCCCGGCGGCACCCCUUGAUAUCGCAACGACUGCAAGUCCCCACGCGCCUGCGCCUGACUCCUCUACGUCUGUGCCUAGCCGCCCUAGCGCGCUGAAGGAUGUACACCAGUCCGCAUCUGCGGCUGAUCGUACCUGCGAAGACGACGUGUCGUUAGCCAACGGCAUCAAAAUGGAAGAAGAUGUCCGAGUCGAGCUUCCCCGAGCUCAAGGCGGCAGCAGCACUCAGACUCGGACUCCCACCGCGACGGUUCCACCGCGAGUGCCGACUCCGAGUGCGAGCACUGCACAACGGAGUGUUGCGCCAACAACGAGUGUAGAUGGUCAAGAGUCACGCAAUGUCGCGUUGCCUCUUGGGACAUCGAGUCCUCGACCAAGGCAGUCGCCGGAGAUAUACAUUGAUGUCCGGUCUAGUAGCCCAGCAUCACCUAUUGCAGCGGCGAAACUGACAGCUCCAAAAUCUCCCGUUUGGAAGGUGGACCCAGUCGACCACGCAGGCUCACAGCGGGUGAGUGUCGGCAGCACCAGCUCAGAGGCUCAGACUCUGUCUUCGGGAAUACAACCUGCCAGUGCAGCCCACAAGUGCCCGCCUGCACCUCGCGACACCAUCGAUCCCGAUGUCCGUCGCUACCUCGAAUCACUCGGCUUUGAACCGGAGGUGUACGCGAGCAAGCUGGAGAUCAUCGGGUUGAAGAACGGGGCCGUCAUCAACGCGAUCAAGAACUUCGUCCCGGAGAGUCGAAAGGACAAGCUAGAGGAGGACCUACAAAACCUCGCGGGGUUGACGGUUGGGGAGUCGAUGGCGCUGAUCUCAGGGCUGAGGCGAUCAGCCUAGCAGUUCUUGAAAGCAACGUGGACCCAGUUUACAGGUGUCCUGCAAGUUAUUGGUGACUGCUAGUGGGAUCAAUUGCAGACCACGUCAGCGUGGCUUGGUUGUGGCAUUCGCGUGGAAGGCUGAUCAAUGAUGAGUGCCGGCGAAACACUGUAUUGACCACCAUACUGUACCACGGAUCUCGCUCAGUUACUGACUCUGUACAGAACGAUAGAAUGCAUCACUCGCACUGGCAGUUUCGUUUGGA